GAGAUAGAAAAUUCAUGUAUAAUACAGAUGGGCCGGAGUUUCAAAUCUCCGACUCUUCCAAUCAUGUCGCGUAUGCUGUGGCCCGAUGGCAGCCACACGGAGCUUGCAGAAGUGCUCGCUGCCAGGACGUCUAAUAUUUACUCUCGGCACCCUAAUUAUUGACCUGCAGGACCAGAAUGGAGGGGCGUCGAGUAGGCGUGCGGCCCAGACAACCAGAACCGGCGACGGAAGCCGACCAUGGCCUUGCGAGAGCUGCCAUGCCGGCCGUCCUUGUGCUUUUUAUAUAAGAUGCCACUGGAGAGACUCUCAUAUCGAAACGCGGCUCUAUUUAAAUUGUUUCACAGUGAUCAGAAUCAUAAUGCAUCUUAAUCUAUUGUAUUUGUACCUGCUGGCUGCCAGUCUCGGAUUGGCUGUCGCUCAACCCAAUCUGACUGCAUUAUACGCUCCCGGCUUGUCCGCAGGAUCCGAGAUCUUCUAUCCUACGGACUCCGACUACAGCGAAGUGACACCAAGAUGGAAUCUCUAUGAUGCGCCAACUUACUUUGGAGCCAUCAAGCCGGCUACUGAGGCAGAUGUUCAACAUAUUGUAAAGGUCUCCGCACAAAAUAAUAUCUCCUUCCUAGCCACUGGCCGCGGCCACGGCAGCACAGGUACACUAGCGGCCCUCAAUGGCAUUGAGAUCGAUCUCAGCCACUUCCGAACAGUUGACCUAGACGCCGAGAACAACAAGCUCACCGUCGGGGGAGCUGUCAACUUCUCCCAAUUGUUUGAUCCUCUGUAUAAUGCAGGGAAGAUGCUGCCAUUCGGCAACUCAAGGUGCGUAGGACUUCUUGGGGCUUCGCUUGGAGGGACCAUUGGUGUCAUGCAGGGAAUCCUCGGACUCGGAGUGGACUACCUCGAUUCAGUGCGCAUGGUGACUUCAAACGGAGAGAUUGUGGAAGCUUCCAAGACGAAACACGCCGAUUUAUUCUGGGGUAUGCGCGGUGCCGGUGCCAACUUCGGCAUUGUAACUUCGGCGACGUUCCAUCUCCACGACCUCUUGAAUAGCGGCGACCUAACCAGCAUUGAUCUCCUCUACCCCGGAAGCGCCAACGCGACCAUAUACGAGGCCCUGAAGACGUAUGAUGACGAUAUCCCGAACGAGCUCACCAUAAACGUUGCUUCGACAUACAAUCAGACCAGUGGACAGUCCGCAGUCAUCGUCAAUCUAGUUUGGUUUGGCCCCGAGGCAGACGUGACGCAGCAUAUACAACCUUUCAUUGUCGCGGGCCCAACGACUACCAAUACGAAAACUGUUCGAUGGACAGAUUGGUACACGGUAGCUCUCUUCGGCGCAUAUGUUAGCCCAGGCGCAACCGACUGUACCUAUGGCCAGUAUUACAACGCAUACACUCUGGGAAUCGCGCAGACGGACCCGGUCGCCAUGACGGCGCUCUUCAACAACAUCACCGCAUUCUCCAGCGAGAACCCCGACUUCACUGGCUUCUUCGGCGUGAACCGCUACCCCAACGCCGUGGCUCUGAGCGUCGAGGACAAUGACACCGCCUACCCUUACCGAGGGGUCAAGUCGCAAAUGUGAGUUGAAGCAUGCAUGAAAUGGGGGAAGUUUGCAUCCGUGUCCCUUUCAGCUUACAAUAUCACUCUAGAACUAUACAGAGCAACUACCAUCCCAACGCGACACUCAACGACGCGGCUAACCACUUCUUCAAGGAUGCGCGAGCCGUGAUGCAGGAA